ACAACCAUAAGUCGAGAAGAACAUCUGAAAACUCUGAUAUGGAUCCUGUGAUAGUUCAAGAUCACAGAGAUUAUCACCGACAAGGAAGAAGGAGAUCGCGGUGAUGGAAGGAGUAACUGGAAGAGAAUAUAGAGAAUGAUGGUGGUUGGUGCUAUGGUUGGGAGAGCGUUUGACGAAAAAAAGAUAAGAACGCGACAGAGGCUUCGAGUCUGUUUCCUCUGGCGAGUAGCAGAGAUGAAGAACAAUUAGUCAGAGCUGAUGGUGGCUGUUGAUACAGCGUCGAGUAGAAAGAACAGCGGCAACGGUGAGUGGUGUUGCAGCCAUCAGUGAAGAAGGAGCAUCUGACAAUAAGUUGACAACAUUAAUGUAGAUAACAGAGAGCUUUCAGAUCCUGCCGUCGGUGAUGUUAUAGAGGUAAUUUCUUCAAAAAAGCAGAAAUUUAUUUAUAUACAUUUUAAGAAAAUAGAAAAAUAUUUAUUUAUGUUUAAUCUGCUUCUGUUUUGGCUGGAGGUUGAGGUUGGACUGGGUUGGGUUGGCAGAGGAGCUAAUGGUGGUACGGCUGAUCUGUAGUGAUUACAACGGCACCCCCUCCAGCAGCUUCGAAUCAUCUUCAGCUGGAGCAUAUAAGAUUGCUGAUGAAACUAAGUUCUUUUCAUUUGGAACUAAUGACUUUACCCAAAUGACAUUUGGGUAUAGUAAAGAUGAUGUUGAAAAAUUUCUUCCCAUUUACCUAUCAAGCGGCAUUCUGCAGAGUGAUCCAUUUGAGGUACUUGACCAAAAAGGAGUGGGUCAACUCAUCAAGCUUUGCCCAGAAAAAGUCGUGUUGUCAGACCAAACUUAAAGGUUGCAAUAUGAGGAGAGAGCAUGGUGUCAGCCAUCUUCUAUUGCAUUCAUUGCUCAAAUUGUUGCUCAAUGUGCCAAAUCCUGUAGUUCUUGACAUUGAUGUUUGUGCAUUGGGAAUGAGUAUUGGAAUUAUAUAUUGUUAUACAGGUUGCCUAAAAGCUAGUGUCGAAGGUGGUUCUAUUUCACUUGGUACAAAAGAAUAUGCAAAUGAAGACUAAUGGCCUCAAUGGAGUUUACUUAUCAUAGCACAUUAUAAACCAAUGAAGGAAACCAGAGGUAAGCAUCUUCUUCAACGUGAAUGCACUAUAUUAUGAUGCUGUUUCUAAAAUGCAUGUGCUUUAAUAUGCUUUUGGACCAUGUAUAUUCUUUUUUUUUUUUUGUUAUUUGUGUUUUUAAAAAGUUUCCCUUUUUUUUUUCUUUUUGAGAUGUUGAUUUGGAUAGCUUAGUAGGACGGAUAAUA